CUUGUCUCGCUUUUUGAGAAGUUGUCGAAGAAGUUCACCAAAAUUCUCAAAGACAUACAACUGAAUGAAAGCAAGACCAAUGGUGUGGAGCAGUCGGAUGUCAGUUCGGACUGCGAGACCAGUUCAUUGGCGCCCGAAUUAACGCAAGACAUGUCUAUUUUUGAAGAAGUAUUGCGAAUGAUUCUGGAGAUAAUCAACGCUUGUUUAGCCGCACAGUUGACUAAUAAUCCCAAUUUGGUCUAUACUUUACUAUACAAACGACAAGUGUUGGAACCGUUUCAUUCGCAUCCAUGCUUUCAGGACAUUGUUAUGAACAUUGAGACAGUUCUCACUUACUUCUCAAAUCGCAUUGAAGGCAUUGAUCGAAACCUUUCGGUUUCCGAAGUCUAUGAAAUCAUCCAACAGUCGUCUCUUCAGUGGCCUUCAGAUAGGCUUAAGAAAUUCCCAGAAUUGCGGUUUCGUUACGUGGAAGACGAACAGCCGGAGGAGUUCUUCAUUCCCUACAUUUGGUCUCUUGUGUUCCGUUCGUCACAUAUUUAUUGGAAUUCACAAAACAUUUUACUCUUUAAUCCCAACAGAAAUAAUUAAUUUAAAUUAUAUUCUAAUAUAGAUUUUAAUAUAUAUUUGAAUGAACGGAAAGGGUUUGUCAUGC